UCUCCAGUUGCUCUUAUCACGUGUAGAAAGACUAGGAAGUCAUGUUCGCAAAAUAAUCUUGUAUGUUUGACUAUCACUCAAACUGAUCUAAGUUGCGGAUCAAAGAACGCAUACUGAAUACCCAAAACGCCGUGCUAUAAAUUAAUGCAUUUCUGUCUUCAACUCGUGUUUGCUCAACCGCUAUAUUCGUAUUUCAUAUGCAUAUUCGUAUUUCAUGUAUUUCAUCUCCACUUACUCCUCGGCAUUAACCAAUGCGAUGGUCCAACAAAGCAUGCAGCGUACGCAAAAAACAAACAAACGUUAAAGUCAGAUAACGAACAAGGAAAAGAACAAGAAGGAAAUGUGCUCGCGGCGUGACAUCCGGAGAAAACGAAACUGCUGGAAA